UUGGUGGCUAGGUGUAUAAAAUAAUACUCAUGCAACGUCUAUAUAGACAACUAUUUGUAUUCUAUAUUACUUACAUACUUAUAUUUACGUAAACAGUAUAUACUUUGUCCUUUUUAUUUUAGAUUUUUAGUUAAGUAUUGUUGAAUGAUAAUCAGCCUUUUACAAUUUUUGUAGCGAAAGCAAAGUAUUGGGCCAUGUGAUUAUCGCAACAUAAACAAAAAAUAAAAAAAAGGAGCAAUGUCAUUUCUAUGAAAAUACGUACAUACAUAAAUAAUAUAGUACAUGCUUACAACAAAUAGUAUUUAAAAUACCAAGGUCUGAAGUUUUUGUUAUUUCAAGAUUAGACAUGCCACAUGGUUUAACGACGCAGCAUUGUAAAAUACAAAAAGCAAUAGUACUGAAUUUAAAAGAUAUAAUCAAUCACAAGUAAAUAUGAAUACUGAAGAUGAAUAUAGUACAACAAAAAGGAGGGGGGUUAAGCUAAACCCAAAAACAAUCCACAAGUAUACAUCCGAAAAAAUUUCAAAACUCAAUGAUAGUGGAAUACAUAGAUGUUUUUACCACUAUUUGGUUCCUGGUCUGAACAAGUCAAUGAACAAUGUUGAAUUGCAAAAUUUGCAAAUAACACCGAAUAUUCAAUGUUUAUUUCCAAGAAACCUAUAUGUAUCUCCAAACAUAGGUGAUAGCAUUGAACUCUGCUUCCGUAGAGUAAUUAUGUACCAUCAAUUCGCUUAUAAAAUACGCUACAACGCAUCAGUAUAUGAAAGAUACUUAAAAAAGAAGGAAUAUCGAAAAGCUAUGAAAAACGAUACGUAUCCUACAGCUGUAACACGUUGUGCGAGUUUAAUAGCAGCUUAUCCUUAUCCAUUUUUUAGUGGAGAAUACGACUGGUACUUCACUGGAGGAAAUUUAGCAUGUACAACUGAUUUCCUUCUAUCUUCAAGAGGAUUAAAUAUGAAUAUAUUAAACCUGUCCGUAGUGAAAUCAAAGCGUCUUAAAGAUGUGGCAAAUAUAGAAUAUGAGUCUAAUGAUGUAAAUGCACCUACUUCGGAAAUAUUAGAAGUUCAAGCGUCAAAUGGGAUUAAGAACAGAUUUUUUGUGAGGUGCGAAAAAAACAUUACGAAAUAUUUUUAUGAUGAAUCUGAAGCAACAUGUGUAUUCAAUAUUGAAAGAGCAUCCGUUCCAUUUAUAACAUUUAGCGAGGAUCCUUUAAACGAAAAUGUUAUUAUAACUGGUGAUUUGAAUAGGCAAGUCUUUUUAUGGGAUGUUAGUAGAUCUUUAAAAAAACCAAUUUCAAAAUUACUCUCGCAGAGGAAUGAAAUCCUAGAACGUCCUGAUAAUUGGAACUGCAUUCGUUAUUUUAAAAUAAAUUCUUUUAUUUAUACCGAUUUUGAAAAAUUUUCAUUGAUCGAUAAACAAAUUGAGUCUUUUGUUGAUGAUAUUGAUUUCCCAGUAAUAAAAGAUGAAAUAGGAACUUGUGAAAAAAUUUGUUCUUUAGCUGUUAGUAACAGAUUUAGUAACCUCAUUUAUAUCGGGACAACACACAAAGUGUAUGCGGUUGAUGUUAGAUAUUUGAAAAAGAAACGUGGAUCUUUAAUAUUACUUAAAUGGACGCAUCAGAUGAAGUACCCUCCGUUGAUUUUGAAAGUACACAAUUGCUUCGAGUCGGAACUAAUUGCAGCAUCUAGUCCAUUAUAUGGCGAAAUUCGAAUUUUCGAAGUAAAAAAAAGUUUAAAUGAAUAUUCAAAAAAGGUGUAUACAUCUCCUUAUUUGCCAGUUAGUCCUCCAGAUUUUCAAAAUUCUUAUUAUUUUUCUAAGUUGCAAGGUGAAUGCUUAGAUCCUUCAGUAGAUUUUGAAUCUAGAAUUAAAAAAUGUACUACCGGAUUAGAGUUUUUUGAAAAAAAUAAUAAAGUACAAUUACUGAUAUCAAAUAGUUUAGGGGAUGUCUUUUCGUCAAGAUUAAUCAAUGAAGAAAUGGAAGAAUCAAAAGCUUUUCACACGGAUAUUAUUAAAAAUUAUUAUGAAAAAGUGCAAAAAAUUACUCGAGAAAAUUUAAAGGAAUUAUAUGUUACAGAUAUAAAAGAUAUGACUAACAUCUCAAAAAUAUUGAGAUCUACUAGACUGGAUCCUGGUGAUAAUUAUAAAUUGCAGAAUAAGAUUUCUAAUAAAUUUGAAAUUGAUUAUGAAAAUGAUCCAGAAAAAUUAAUUGAAAUUUUCCCAGAGAAGAAAAGGAAAUUGUCAAAAUGGGAAAAGACACCAACCCAAUAUGCAGAGUGUAAGGACGUUUUAGCUGCCAGUAUAUUAAAAAUUUGGGAUUUUGAUAUUGAUAAAAUGGAAUUAGAUGUUAAAAAAUCAAGUACUUUUAAAGAAGAGCAAUUGAUUAGGGUUAAAGACUGGGUAGAAAACAUACAAAAGGUCUACUAUAAGAAUAAUGAAUUUCUUGGUGAACCUCUUGAACAUGAAAUUAAUUUAAUUAAUAACAGUGAAAUAAGUAAAGUACCAUUAGAUGAGAACAAUGGUCAACAAAAAGAAAUAGUUAGUGGCAGUGAUAAUGCAAAAAAGAUUCAAAAGAAUUUUUCGCCCAAAAAGAUACAAAAUAAUCAAAUGCAAAAAUUCAAUGAAGAAGAUCCUGUGAAUGCACAUAAUUCAGAUGUGUCUAUAAAUAAGCAAAAAGUACAAAGUGGUGUAGAAACAAAUAAUAUGAAUACUACAAAAAAUAAUUCUAAUUUGGAUAUGAAUUUAGAUAUCUCAUCCCAAAUUGUACUAGGUGAAAAUAUUUCAGACAAAAUUGACAAAAAUAAAAGGAUGAAUACAAGUAAAAGAAAAAGGGAGUAUGUCAAAGGAUUUUAAAAAGUCUUGUGUGCAUUUCAUAAAUUGUUUUCCACAUAAUUUUUACAUUAAAAAUUAUUUGUCUAGUAUUUAAUUUGACUAAUAAAAUAAUAACAUGCAAUUUCAAAAUGUAAACAUUUUAUGACUAACGUAUAAAUCAGCCUGAAAUUAUUAAACUGUUUUUUUAAUAAAUGAAAAGUUGAAACA